UACAUCACAAUUCUUUGUUCAUUAUCAGUACAAAUUAAAUUUUUUUUUUUAUUAUUGAUGCUGGGCUAUAUGGCAGAGCAAUGGCAUCGAAUCGUUGGUCCAAAAAGGGUGUGAGCUUUUCGCUUAUCAUUCAUUUUGUUUCAACUUUGAUCAUAUUGAAUCAGUUGAUUUUUGUAAAAGGAGAAGAAAUUAUGCAUGAAUUUAAAACGAAUUUAACGCAUUUGGUUGUAAACCAUGAAACCGGAGAUGUGUUUAUUGGUGGUCAUAAUAGGCUAUUCAAAUUAUUUCCAAAUUUGACGAUUGAUGAAAAAUCAUCGAAUUGUUCACGGGGAGAUGCCACAAUAAAUCAUUUAAAUGUGAACAAAGUACUCUUGAUCGAUUACGAGAGGAAACAUCUGAUCGUUUGCGGUACGAUGAAACAGUCAUGCUCAACAAGAGAUCUAAACAAUAUUUGCAACGAAUCGAAACGACACGAAAAUAUAGUUGCUGAAAAUGAAAAUGAAUCAACAGUGGCAUUUAUUGCGCCAGAUCUAUCCUCGAUAGAUGCACUUUAUCUUGGUGUUACGAUCAAUUUACAGAAAAAUCAAAUGUAUUCAGUUUCAUCAGUUUCGUCACGGCGUCUAAAUGAAACCAUAAAUCCUGACAAUAUGUUUGGCCACGUAAAAUUAGAAAGAGAUGAUGGCACACUAGUCGUCAUUGAUAAAAGCAUAUCACCAUAUUAUAAUAUAAACUAUGUCUACGGAUUUAGUUCUCAGGGUUUUUCAUAUUUUCUAACCAUCCAGCCAAAAAAUGCGAACGCAUCACCCAACGAAUACAUAACGAAGUUGGUUCGGGUGUGUCAAAAUGAUCCAUACUUUAAUUGUUUAAUUCAUACACGGAAAUUCCAGUUGAAUGCAUUGGCGAUGGUAUAAAAUAUAAUUUGGCUACCGCGGCAUAUUUGGCUAAGCCGGCCACCGAUUUAGCCCAACAUCUUAAAAUUAUACCCGACGAUGAUGUUUUAUAUGCCGUCUUUUCCGAAAGCAAUGGUAACACACCAACAAAUAAGUCUGCGCUAUAUAUUUACUCGUUGCAAUCCAUUCGGCAAAAGUUCACGGCCAAUAUACAGUUGUGUUAUCAAGGUAAUGGUAGCACGGGCUUAGUGUUUUUGCGGCCGAAUAAGCCAAUCGUCAAGAGUUGCAUUAAAAGUAAUGUCACAAUUGAUGACGAUUUUUGUGGAUCUGAAUUGAAUACUCGAAUUGACGGUAAAUUAGCGUUAAUUGAAUCAUCGAUUGCAAAAUUUCAAACACAAUUGACAUCGGUUGCAGUGAUCCAAACUAACGCAUUCACAGUUGUGUUUAUCGGCACCGUUAGUGGCCAUUUGAAAAAAGUGUUUAUUAAAUCAGCAUCAUCGGCACACGAAUACGGUGAUAUUGAAAUAAACAAAAACUCAUCGAUUUAUGCUGAUCUACAAUUUGAUCGAGAAAAAAAGCAUCUCUAUGUAUUGACGAGGAGGCGUGUGACAAAAAUUAAAGUGUAUGAUUGUACGACUUUUUUACAGUGCCCAGAGUGUGCAAUGAUUAAUCCAUUGGAUCCAUUUUGUGAAUUUUGUGUUUUGGAAAAUAAUUGUAAACAAGCUUCUCAAUUGUCUUCCACAUCAUCUUCUCUGCCAAGUUUUGUGUCAACGUUUUUCAUUGUUUUAUGCAUUGUUGGUGUUUAUGUAAUACGGAAAAAAUUGUUCAGAUUCAGUAAUGUUAGUGAAAACAAUACAGUCACAGCCCAUGGUGACAUCGAAUUGGAGAAUCUUGGGGGAAGCAUUAUAUCUUCAUCUCGCUCUGAAGUGAAUUCAUUAUACAAUGGAACUACUGAAAACAAUCCAAAUGAAGUUAAUGCAACAGAAAAUGUGUGCCAACCAACCGAUGAUUUAUUGAACUUUGACUUUGUCCCAAAAAAAUAUGAAUGUCACCCGAAUGAAUUGAAAAUAGAUAAAAAUGUAAACGCUCUCGGCGCUGGAAAGUUUGGUAUUGUAAAAAAAGGAAUCUUUAAAAACAAAGUAGUUGCCAUAAAAAUGAUUAGAUUACGUAUAUUUAAUGAGCUCAUCGAUAUCUCAAAUGUCUUGUAUGUCUGAUCAAGUAACGGCAAAACCAAGUACGUUCACUUGUUCAGAAUAAUUUGAUGUGCAUUCAUUUGGAAAUGCGAAUUUAAUCUUUAAUGGCAUUUAAUUUCUGUUAAUAAUUAGCUUAUAUUACUCAUUUGAAGUACGAUUAAAACUAGCGGUGGCCUACGAAAAGGGCCUCAUUUUAGUCUAGUGCCAAUUAAGAGAUUUAACGA